GGGCGGCACCGCGCGGUACGUACGGGUCACGUACAGUACGUGCGCCUACGGCCGCACGUGUGUAAGAGGGGUUUGGAGUUAGGGCUGUUCGGUUGGGAGGCGCCUUCAAACGUCGUGUGUUCCAACCGCACAACCUCAGGGCUAAGCAAAAGUUACAGCUAAUGAUGGAGGGGGCUGACAGGUACACCUGUUGUCGUCACACGAGAAAAGCUCCUCCAGGGACGCCUGCUGCGGAGGGCAGUGUGUGCGGCACAGCAGUGAUGACAGAGAAGGAGAGGUGUCCCAAAGUGGAGCAGUAUGUUGGUGAAAUUAAAGGCGGACUGAGACCUGCCAUGAGAAUCACCGUCAUAGGGAUGGUACCUUCCAACCCCAAGAGCUUCUCGGUGACUCUGCUCUGUGAUCCAGUGGAUGCAAACAGAGACGUUGGGAUGAUGUUUACAGUUAACUUUAGUGAGAAGUCCAUCACAAGAAAUGCACGAAUUGAUGGGAAGUGGGGCAUAGAAGAGAAGAAUAUACCCUACUUCCCAUUUAUAGCAGGGGACACAUUUAAGAUGGAGCUCUUAUGUGAACAUCAGCAAAUAAAGGUCUUGCUUGACGGGCGGCAGCUCUGUGACUUCACUCACCGCAUUCAGCCUCUGAACCUGGUGAAAGCUUUGCAGAUCACAGGCGAUGUCAAGCUUACCAAAGUGGCUUGAAAAAAGGAGUUCACAAUACUACCAGGGGACAGAGACAAAUGCACUUUCUUCUGUCUGAGAAAUGUUUUAUCUUUUUCUCCUCACUGAUUUCGGAGAAUGGAAACUGCCUUUUUUCAUUUGCUGAUACAUGUGAAAUACACACUGUUGUUUUUUUCUCCUCCAUGUUCAGAAGUUGCAGAGAGAUGGCUGGUCCAGCUACAUCAGAGGACCUAUACUUAGAUACUUUCUUGGUCUCCCAAAUUAGAAGACUUUUGAUGCUAGGCUGUAUCUCAUAUCCUCAUGGUUCCCUAACUUCUCGUGCAUGCCAGCUAAUGCUGCUCAGUCCUUUGUGGUGGCUAUUAGUCUUGUGACUAGAAUUGAGCGGUGUGCAGGCGGUGGGACUGAGAAAGGGGAAGUGGGAAAUAUCUUUGGAAGUGAAUAAGAGAGUCUGGAGGGCCCCAACAAGGCUCACGUUAUCAGGAGGGAACUGCUUGUCCAGGAGUCUCCAAUCAAUCAGCACAAAGCUGUAUGUGUUUCACAGUACAGAGUAGUAGAUGCCUCACCACCAUCCCUAUCUGUUGCAGGUAGAGUUCUCAGGAACUGAAAGGCUUCAACAGUUGUGGAUUUCACAGUCUUCUCUGGACCAGUCCUAUGAAAUUGUAUCUGUAGCUGAAACUGCAUCAUCCAUUUUUGCAUAUGAUUAAAACUGUCGUUGCUAGCAAACUUCUUUACCAGCUUUUCUAAGUAUUUGAAUGUGUGCAUUUGUUGUGCUGUUAUUUCAUUGCUGUAGAUUUAGAAAAGAGUCCCAAACAUGUGGCUGUUAUAAUACAUAUACAGAUAUGAAGGAGAUGGUUAUGUGGAUAGAGAACUACCGAAUUCCUUUGUGACUUUAGGGACAAUUUAUAGCAUUCUGUCUUCAAAGUGUUUUAGUGACUCUGGGGAAUCUGUCAGAUACAGCUACUCAGAUAACAGAAAUCUUAUAAAAAUAGCAUAUCAGCAGUUUGGUCGGAUGUUUUGUUCAUCUCAUAUAUUCAGUUCUACUCUGCCACUGUGGACAAUUCCUCACUUUCCAUAGUACUCUAAGUUUAAGGUCUAUGAAACCAUUAUUUUCACGUAUUCCGACUGACCUCUGAGAAACAUCGUAUCUAAAGAGCACAAGAGAAUCCAAUGCGCUGAACUUUUUUUUUUUUUUUUUGCCAUGUUUAAUGAUACCAGAACGAAGCUUGAGCAAGGUUUUACCAUGGUGUAUCAAGAAAGGCAGUCUCAGACACCAGGGCCUUUCAUGACUGUGACUCAGUUCAUGCACCUUGAUUCAGUCCACCUGAACUAAUUAAGUUUAUAAGCCCCUUUAUAAAGGAGAAAAGGAGCAAGACAUUACUGCUUUAGAAUAAAGCACAGUCGGCACCUGUCAGAUGUAGACUGAAGACUUGUACAAAAGAUUCUUUUUCUUCCAUCUUGAAAGAGUCUGUUUCCUUGUAAAGCAUCAUUUAUUUGUAUCCCCGUGUUGUUCUUUGUCUCUCGGUUAGGCAUUAACUUCUUCCAGAUCUGUGUGACUCCUAGCCACCUGGGAUUCUGAUCUGACAGGACCUGCUAGGUGCUAUGACAAUACACAUAACAAAAAUAUAAUGUUUAAGGAAAAAACAAAAACAAACAAACAAACAAAAAAAACCAACCACCAUCACUCCCAGACAAAGAGAGCAGAAAACUUGGUCAUAAAUGCGAAAUUGUUCGGCAUGGAGUCCAGCUUGUUCAUGUCAGUGGUUUGAUUGCCUCAAUCCAUUGUGUUCGCUCUGCCUUGGAGCUGGCCUGGAUAUAAUAAUGAAUGUCUUUUUUGGUGAUGAUUUUGAAGAGGUUGCCUUGCACAUUGCCCUUCACACCUACAG